CGCGGCCCGGGAGCCGCAGUCCCCCCGGGCGGAGUUGGGGUGCAGUGCGGGAUGGCGGCGCGGGCGGGCGAGGCGCGGCGGGUGCUGGUGUACGGCGGGCGGGGCGCGCUGGGCUCCCGCUGCGUGCAGGCCUUCCGGGCGCGCAACUGGUGGGUGGCUAGCAUCGACGUGGUGGAGAAUGAAGAGGCCAGUGCAAGUGUCGUGGUGAAAAUGACCGACUCGUUCACGGAACAGGCAGACCAGGUGACAGCUGAGGUGGGCAAGCUCCUGGGAGAAGAGAAGGUGGAUGCCAUCCUGUGUGUGGCUGGAGGCUGGGCCGGCGGAAAUGCCAAGUCCAAAUCUCUCUUUAAGAACUGUGACUUGAUGUGGAAGCAGAGCAUCUGGACAUCCACCAUCUCCAGCCACUUGGCCACCAAGCAUCUCAAGGACGGAGGCCUCCUGACCUUGGCUGGAGCCAAGGCUGCCCUAGAUGGGACCCCUGGGAUGAUCGGCUACGGCAUGGCCAAGGGCGCCGUGCACCAACUGUGCCAGAGCCUGGCAGGGACCAACAGCGGGAUGCCAGCCGGCGCCGCUGCCAUAGCUCUGCUCCCAGUUACCCUGGAUACCCCCAUGAACCGAAAGUCCAUGCCUGAGGCUGACUUCAGCUCCUGGACCCCCUUGGAGUUUCUAGUGGAAACCUUCCAUGACUGGAUCACAGAGAAAAACCGGCCCAGCUCGGGAAGCCUGAUCCAGGUGGUCACCUCGGAGGGAAAGACAGAGCUGACCCCAGCAUACUUUUGAGCUCUGCAUUCUUUGAGAGUCCUGCUGGAAGAGUGACCCAUGUGGCCGCAGCUGUCCCCUUGAUUCUCAUGGCCCUGUUCUUGGUCCCAGAUUUCUCAGCUGUGUCGUGUGUGUGUGUGUGUGUGUGUGUGUGUGUGUGUGUGUGUGUGUGUGUGUGUGUAUGUGUGUGUGUGUAAUAAAAGAUGUGACAGGGGUGGCUGGAGUGAUAACACAGUGAUAGGGCAUUUGCAUGUGGCUGACCUGGUAUAAACCCCGGUUCUAUCCCCGGCAUCCCAUAUAGUUCCCUGAGCCUGCCAGGAGUGAUUUCUGAUCGCA